AGUCUGUUUCAAGCUAAGGUCGAGUUCGGUACGUGUGUGUCUAUGCGUGUUAAGUUAUUACGUCAGAGUAUCGUCAUGGUGGCGGCAAAUAUAAAUUUCAGUGUUCAACGUGCUUGAAUAAUCAUAUAUUUUGAAUAUUGUUCGGAAGGUACCUACGAGGCACCUGUUACAUAAUCAAUUUUGAAUAUUUGGAAUAUUUCAACUUGGGGUGCUGGUAUAGUGCGACCCCGAUAAAUGAUACAGUGCGCCCCCGCUAAAAGAUCCAGUGCAGCCCCGCUAAAUGAUCCAAUGUGCCCCGCUAAAUGUUCCAGUACGCCCCGAUAUAUGAUUCCGUGCGCCCCCGCUAAAUGAUCCAGUGCGCCCCGAUAAAUGAACUAGCACGCCCCCGCUUGACGAUCCAGUGCGACCCAGCUUGAUGAUUCAGUGCGCGAUGCCCGUGUCCACGGUGUACGACGGCUUCGCGACGGUGCGCCGACCGCGAGUCGGUGCGCCUCGCAAGCCCCCGCGCCCCCCCUCGCUGGCCAGCGUGCCCGAGCAUUCGGCGCGUGUGGGAGGAUGGCCGCCCUCGUCUACCUCGCCCUCGCCCUUGGGCAACCCCGACGUGCCGUGGUGGGAGGUGGCGACUAGCAGACGACGGUACGGGUCGUGUCCCGCCCUGGAGCUGCAGGCUCAUGUGGUAUCGGCGUUUGAGCAGAGCCUGACUUCCAUGACUCAAAGAUUGCAGCACCUUACAGCUACCUCAGAAAAAAAAGAAUCGGAGCUGCAGGAGCUCCGGCAAGCGAUGGAGUCGCUGCGGACGCAGUCCCUGCAAGCUGGCAUCGGUACUGGCGGCCUGGCGCGCCAGCCCUCCAGCGACAGCGUGUCGAGCCUGUCGUCCGCCUGCAGCCUCGACAAGCACGAGAAGAAGAAGAAGAAGGGCUGGCUGCGCAGCUCCUUCACCAAGGCGUUCUCGCGCAGCGCCAAGGUGGCCAAGGUGCAGGGCCAGAUCGAGAACGGAGAUUCUGAAAGGACGCACAGUCCGCCCCCACAACCUGCCACCGACGCCGGCCAGGAGGUGGUGGAGUUGCAGAAACAACUGAGAGAGAAGGACCUCGUCCUUACGGACAUCCGAUUGGAAGCUUUGAGCUCCGCCCACCAGUUGGAGAGCUUGAAGGAUACCGUCAUGAAAAUGAGGAGUGAGAUGUUGAGUCUGAAACAGAAUAACGAACGACUGCAGCGCAUGGUGAGUGGAACCACCAACUUGCCUGCCGACCUCACCGACACCAGGAGCGUCAGCAGCAUGGACGCCCUCACCGACCUCAUACAAACCGAGGACCCCACGCCCGAAGGGGAGACCGACGGCAAACGGAUAGCCAUUUCGGUGUACUUGGGGCAACCCCAAAGUUUCGAAAAGUAUUAUGUCGAACACUAUGGAUAUGACGGUUUGAGUGAGAACGCCAACACUGAAAUACCCAUAGCUCAUACGACCAUAGGUGCAUCUAGCUCUUGGGCCCAACUGGACAAUGCAGUUAGGAGAGCCUUUAAGCAAUAUGUGGCGAGAUUAGAUCCUGGCGGGGGUCUUGGAUUAGGCAGCGACGCCAUAGCCAGCUACAAGCUGGGCGACGCCGAGCGGACGCCAGACUCGGGCCCGCCCGACCUCCUGCCCGUCGGUUACGCCGUGGGGCGCGUCUGCACGCUGCACGUCGUCCUUCAGCCUGUCGCCGCUCUGGCCUUCGAGGCGCUGGUGCCGAAGGGCGUGGCGCAGCGGCUGGUGUCGCUGCUGGCCGAGCACCGGCGAUUGGUGCUGUGCGGGGCGCCGGGCACGGGCAAGACGCAUCUGGCGGCGCGAUUGGCGGAGUUUCACGCGUUGAGGAUGGGGCGGGAUCCGGCGGAGGCGGUGGCGACAUUCAAUGUGGAUAAUAAAUCUGGGAAAGAGCUGCGCCAGUACCUGCAACACCUGAGCGAGCAGGCGGCCGCCGGCGACCCCAGCGUCCUGCCUUGCGUCGUCGUCCUGGACAACCUGCACAAAGCUGGCACCCUGGCGGAAGCUCUGGGCUCGUUGCCGCGCAACCUGCCCUGUCUGCUGGGCACGAUGGCGCAAAGCGCGUGCUCCGCUACCAGUUUGCAGCUACAGCACGGUUUCAGGUGGGUGCUGGUGGCGCCCCACAUGGAGCCUGCCCGCGGGCUGUUGGGCAGAGUGCUGCGGCGACGAUUGGCCGCCCUCGAGCUGGAGCAGGGGCCGCAGCCCGAGCUGGCCGCCAUCUUGGGCUGGCUUCCCCGGGUGUGGCAGCACCUCAACGCCUUCCUGGAAACGCACAGCAGCGGAGACGUGGCGAUCGGGCCUCGAUUGUUCCUAAGCUGCCCCCUUGAACUGGACGCUGCCCGCGCCUGGUUCGCCGACGUGUGGAACUACUCCCUAGCCCCCUACCUGCGAGAAGCGGCGCGAGAGGGCCUGCAGCUGUACGGCAGACGGGCGCCUUGGACGGAUCCGACGCAAUUCGUGCUGGAGACGUACCCGUGGCCAGGCGCGCCCCCCCAGGGUCUCACGCCCAUCACGGCGAAGGACGUGGGGCUGGAGGCGCUGGGGCCCGCUGCGGGGCAGGGGGAGAGUGAGGGAGAUCCUUUACUCAAUAUGCUCAUGAGGUUGCAGGAGGCUGCCAACUAUUCCAGUCCACAUUCCAACGAUUCGGACUGCAACAGCCUGGACUCGAAUAUGACACACGGGAGCAACAUAGGUCAGGAAAGCGUAUCUUAAAUCAAUGAAAACAUACCCAUGUAGGGAUAUUCUUUCGUUCUGAACCCUAUAACUGGACUGAUCAAAGUGAAACUGAACGUAUGACACUGAAUUUCUCUUGGAAUUUUUGUAGCAUUGUUCUAAAAUUGUUCUAUCCGUCAUUCGGUUGCCCCCUUACGAGCAACCCUCAGAAGUCUUCGAGAGUCUUUGUGCGAGCAAGGAAUGACGGGGGCCUUACCUUUCAACGUGUGAUCCCAAACACUUUCUUGGGCCAUCAGAAAAAUGUCUGCAGUCGAUGGGAAUCGAACCCACGACCGGCAAGCAAAUGCGGAUUAGAAUAUUGAUACUCUGUCCGCACGGCUACCUGGCAUUGAUUCAGUUAUAAUAUUUUAGACAAAAGAAUCAGAUCAGUCCGUCCACUUCAUCAAAGAAUUUUGGAUUAUGUUGAACUCAUUUAACUGUCAAUGAAUGAUGGGCUUAUAUCACAAAAAAAUUUAUUUCAUAAUUCGAUAGAACUCACCCAAAUUAGCUCACCACCGCAAACCGUUUCUUGCUGUGAGCUCCCUACGUUUCAUAAAAAAAAUAUUGAAAUCCCCGAUUUUUCAGACCUCUGAAAACGAGGCGAUGAUGUGACGUCAAAACUCUAAUAUUGAAACAAGACUAUUCCAGACAGAGAUGAAUGAUACAAGAUUUCUGACAGAGUGAAUUAGCGCGAGAUCACAGUUGAAAGAAUUAAUAAUAUAUCAGUUGCCUCAGUCUCCGUCGGGCGUUUGGUAUUUUCUUUUAACUAUGGCGAGAUGAGGUUUCUACGUCAUAAGAGGGUCCGUUUUCGAAUUAUGUCGUCAAUCAUUAUUUAUGUAUAAAAGGAUCAUUAUAAACAUGGUUUGAGUAAAAAGUUCUACUAAGGUGUACACGCCCAUUACCUACUAUCCAUUCAGAAGACAGAAAUGUAUGAUUGCUGAAAAAAGUUAUAAGGAGUGUGUAAUACCCCAUGAUAUGUUUAUCUUCCAGUUGGUUCAGAACAAAAUAAUAUCACUACUUAGUACAUACUCAGAUUCACAAUAAAAUGACAUUAGAUAAAUUGUUCAGCCAAAUCCUGUUUGCUAUCAAUGCCACCUACUUUAUUCUAAUCUGGAAUAUACUUAGGAACGAACUUAGUUCAAGAAUUAUUGUUGCAUUCCUAUAUAUUCUAACAUCAUUUUGAAAAACUUCCAGAUCCAAGAAGGAAUACAAAACCCCUAAGCGCCAGUACAUCUUUUAUGCAUUUUCGUCUUUCUAGCUCAUAUGUAACACUGAAUUUUUAUUACUCUAUUCAUCACAUUUCCAUUUUAUCGUGAGUCUUGUGUGUGAUAAACACAAAAAUCAAAACAGAUUCUGUGAAUUAAUAUCCAAUUUUGAUUUGAUCUGGUAUCCCUGAAUAAUCGAGAUCAAUUUUGCAUCCAUAACAUUUUUCUUAGUUGAUUUUCCAAGAAGACUAACUUGAUGAAAUCACACUCAUUCCAAAAACUCGUAUCCUCAUAAAAUUCACUUGAUACAGAAGUUUAGCUAAGCAUUGAGAGAACAGAGAAGAAGCGGAGAAAAAACUAUUGGAACAUUUUUAUAUUGACUAAAAUAGUAUUUUUCUUCAUUCCUUCUCAAUUUUAGUGUUGCCAACAUAAACCUUUCAUUAUUCGUUGGGACCCUGGAAAACAGAAACAGUGGGGGUGGAGCAAAGUGAACAGAAGAUGGUGUAAUCACAGACAGUGUUUUGUUUCUCCAAGAACGCUUGACCGCAGAUUCCGCAAUAAUGGCAUAUUAGUUCUAAGUUGUCCGCAAGAUGGCGACACUUUUUACAGAUUUCUUUCAUGACAGAAAACGUCGCUUACACACCACUUGCACCGGACAAAAUAAUAUCAUAACAUUAAUAACAUAACCUCAAAUCAAAUGAGAUUGAGUACGGAACUGUAAUUUCGGGGAAUUUUAAUCAUCAUCAGUUCUGCCAACAUUGAAUUUUUGUUGAGAUGUCGCCAUCUAACGGGUAAAAUGCGACAUAUAUUCCGCAAUAUUGAAAAGAAACCUUCUGUCAAGUAGGCCGUAGGUCAAAAACUUUGACGAAAAACGAUAGAUGGGAUUUGAUAGAAGUUUCUACACCAUUUUCUGUUCAUCCUGGGGUGAAGGAAGACAUUUUUUUAUCUCUCAAAGCUAGCUGGUCUUCUUUAUCGAUGUUUGAAGUAUUGAAGAAACACAAAAACAACCGUACCAUUCUCCACAUUUUUGAAACAUCAUAAUUUUGGAUGUCCAUUUAUUUAGUCAGGUUUUACCAGAAAGUGUCUUAAGAACGAGUCCCAUUUUCUCGAAAUUCAGGUUUGGAUUUUGAGAUGUGAUGAAUUAUUUCAAGAACUAAUCUGUUUUAAAGGUCUUUUCGAGACCUGGCAAUUUUUAGAGCUGCAGUUUCUUCUUAUUGAGGAGAGUCAAUAAAUCAAUUACAACAGGUACAUAAUAUGAUGCCUUUACAAUAAACAUUAGAGUGGUAUUUAUCAAAAACAAUAUGAUAGUUUUAAAUUAUUAAUCAAUAUUGCAUUGAUAAUUAUUUCAAGCAGAAGUAGCUGUGAAAAUGUACUACAUAGCAUUAUGUAUCGUGACUAUAACUAGAGUAAUGCUUGAUUUUUGUAAAAUAGUGUUUAUAUUGUUAUUUAUUUAUGAAAAAUUUGCACAUUUUUCGUGUAAUACUCUAAUAGGUAACUUACAGUUGAUGAUGUGUAGUAUUUUUUAAAAUUUUUUGUCUGUGUUUAUGAGUAUUUUCUGGUCAUAUACAGCCAUUAUUUGUGUAAAUAUAAUGAUAUUUACAUUAAAUGCCUAUUGAGAAUUGUUUUCUAUAGUUUGUUUAUAUUUAUAUUAAUAUACUGUAAAUGUUUUAAUAACUUUUAUACCAAAUGUAUAAAACUGCCAUAAAUUAUUAUUACUA